UUUUCUUCCUGCUUUUACCACUCAUUCGUCUCUUUUCUCUUUAUCCUAAAAAAAACGAUAGUAAUAGAAAUGGGAAUAUUAAUAAUAAUAAUAAUUCGAAAUUAAAUUAAGGUUUUACGCUUUUGAUGAAGAGAGGGCACACCAUCGCCAUCGCUUCCAAGCCAAGCCAAUAACAACCUCUCUCUCUCUCUCUCUCUCUCUCUAACUGUCAUUGACGGAACACUGUUCCUCAGCUGAAGAUUGUUACGCUCUAAUUUUUUUUGGCUACACACUGAACUCAACGCGGACUUCUCCGAUCUGUGUCUUCUAGCUCGAUCUCUCUCCACAAUGCGUCCCUGAUUCUUUUCCCCUUUCAGUUUCAGAUUGUUGAAGGCUUUGAGUGUAGAAGUGAGUGAUGGCAUCGAAGCAAGGUGUGAAACCGAGGAGAUUCGGAGGAGCGAGCAGCACCUCCAAGGGCGCCGCCAAUUCGCCUACGUCUUCCACCACGUCGUCGUCUAAGCAGUUUCUAGAAACUUCCGUUGACGGACAGAGCUCCCCUGCUUCUUCCUCCGCUCGAAGCAAGCCGCACGCGUUCUAUCCGGAACCUGUGCCGUUGGAUGUACACAGGGCCAAAGAGAAUGUCACCGUCACCGUCCGAUUUCGUCCUCUCAAUCCGAGGGAGAUUCGUCAGGGAGAAGAGAUUGCUUGGUAUGCUGACGGAGAAACCAUAGUGCGAAACGAGUAUAAUCCCUCCAUAGCGUAUGCAUACGAUCGUGUCUUUGGUCCCACGACCACAACUCGUCAUGUUUAUGAUGUUGCUUCUCAGCAUGUUGUUAGUGGUGCUAUGGAGGGCAUCAAUGGUACAAUAUUUGCAUAUGGGGUAACAAGCAGCGGGAAGACUCAUACAAUGCAUGGUGAUCAAAGAUCUCCCGGAAUCAUACCUCUUGCCGUGAAGGAUGCUUUUAGCAUUAUCCAAGAGACUCCAAAUCGGGAGUUCCUCCUUCGUGUUUCAUACUUGGAGAUAUACAAUGAGGUUGUUAAUGACUUACUAAAUCCAGCAGGACAGAACUUAAGAAUCAGAGAGGAUGCUCAGGGAACCUUCGUUGAGGGAAUAAAGGAAGAGGUUGUACUCUCCCCUGCUCAUGCACUGUCCCUGAUAGCUGCUGGAGAAGAGCACAGACAUGUGGGAUCCACAAACUUCAACCUACUCAGCAGUAGGAGCCAUACAAUAUUUACCCUGACCAUAGAGAGUAGUCCAUGCGGUGAAAAUAGUGAAGGAGAAGCUGUGACACUGUCACAACUGAAUCUCAUCGAUCUGGCAGGUUCUGAGAGCUCAAAAGCUGAAACAACUGGCAUGAGAAGAAGAGAAGGAUCUUAUAUCAAUAAAAGUCUUCUAACUCUUGGAACUGUCAUUUCAAAAUUAACCGAAGAUAAACCCAGUCACAUACCUUAUAGGGACUCCAAACUGACUAGACUACUUCAGUCUUCACUCAGUGGUCAUGGACGUGUAUCUCUUAUCUGCACAGUGACUCCUUCCUCAAGUAGUACUGAGGAGACACAUAAUACAUUGAAGUUUGCUCACCGGGCAAAGCAUAUUGAAAUCCAAGCAGCACAAAACAAAAUAAUUGAUGAGAAGUCACUUAUCAAGAAAUACCAACAAGAGAUUCAAUGCCUAAAGGAAGAAUUGGAACAACUAAAGAGGGGUAUUGUUACAGUUCAACCAAAAGAUACUGGGGAAGAUGACAUUGUGCUUCUGAAACAAAAGUUAGAGGAUGGUCAAGUUAAGUUGCAAUCCCGAUUGGAACAAGAAGAAGAAGCUAAAGCUGCUUUGUUAGGAAGAAUUCAACGGCUGACUAAACUGAUUUUGGUCUCCACAAAAGCAUCACAUUCAACCAGAUUUCCUAACAGGCCUGGUCCUCGUAGAAGACAUUCCUUUGGAGAAGAGGAGCUGGCAUACCUUCCAUACAAGAGGCGGGAUUUAAUCUUGGAUGAGGAAAAUAUUGAUUUGUAUGUUAAUCUGGAGGGAAAUGUUGAAUCAACUGUUGAUUCUUUGAAGGAGGAAAAAAAGACAAAGAAACAUGGACUACUAAACUGGUUGAAGUUACGUAAACGAGACGGUGGCUUGACAGGCACUAGUGAUAAAUCCAGUGGUGCAAAAUCUACCAGCACACCUUCAACACCUCAAGGAGAAAGUGGUAACCAUGCAGAAUCCCGGCUUUCUCAUUCUCUAGCUGCAGAAAGUUCUCCAUCGGCUGAUCUUAUAUCAGAGGCAAGAGAGGAUAAAGAUACUCACGAGGAUAGUUUAUUGGGACCAGAAACACCUUUGACAAGCAUCAAGUCAGUUGAUCAGAUCGAUCUUCUAAGGGAGCAGCACAAGAUUUUAUGUGGAGAAGUUGCCCUUCAUUCAAGUGCUUUGAAGAGGCUGUCUGAGGAAACAGCACGAAAUCCUCAGGAUGGUCAGAUUCAUGUGGAGAUGAAAAAGUUGAAAGAUGAAAUCAAGGCAAAGAGUGAACAAAUAGAUUUGCUGGAAAAGCAAAUUUCUAAUUCUGUCGUUGUUUCAGAUAAGAUGGAUCAAUCAGGAAUAUCACAGAAGACUGUUUCUGAGUUGAUGGCACAGCUAAAUGAGAAAUCUUUCGAACUUGAGGUCAAAGUAGCAGAUAAUCAUAUAAUUCAAGAACAGCUUAAUCAGAAGAUUGGUGAAUGUGAAAAUCUGCGAGAAACGAUUGCCUCUCUGAAACAGCAACUUGAAGAUGCACUGGAGUUGAGAAAUUUCAGCGCUGCAGCAAAUCAUUCUCAACAUUGUGAACUUCAUCUUGACCAGGGAAAUGAGUUGAUAAAUGAUACAAAUGAAGGGCUGCUUUUACAAGCACAGAUAGAAGAGCUGAAGCAGAAGGUGAAAGAACUAACAGAUGCAAAAGACCAGCUAGAACUUCGAAAUCAGAAACUGGCAGAAGAGAGUUCAUAUGCUAAAGGACUAGCUUCAGCUGCUGCGGUUGAGCUCAAGGCAUUGUCAGAAGAAGUUGCCAAACUCAUGAAUCAUAAUGAAAGACUAGCUGCUGAGCUAGCUGCAUCCAAGAAUUCAUCUUCACAGCGCAGAACCAGUGGAACUGUACAAAAUGGACGAAGGGAAAGUCAUGGUAGACUCAGACGAAAUGAUCAGGGUGGGUCAAAUGCAGAUGUCAAGAGAGAAUUAGCCUUGAGUAAAGAAAGGGAACUUUCAUAUGAAGCUGCUCUUUUAGAGAGAGAUCAGAAGGAGGCCGAGCUUCAAAGAAAGGUUGAGGAAUCUAAGCAAAGAGAAGCGUAUCUUGAAAAUGAGCUUGCUAACAUGUGGGUUCUUGUGGCAAAGCUAAAAAAGUCGCAAGGAGCUGACAAUGAUGCUUCUGCGUCAACCAGAGAGUUUCAAUUUAAUGAGUUUGACAUUUGAUAUUGUGGCUUUCGAGUUGAUCCAUUGUUAGCUUAUUAGAAUUUGGUUUUGAUAGGAGUGGUUUCAGAGAGGAGUGUGUAAAGAUUUGUUUUUCCGCAGGAAUGUGUGCUUUUCUCUCCCCCCUCCAUCAUUGUCCUUUUUGGUCCAUAUAAAAAAAAAGGCUUCCCCAUUUGUAUAAUCCUUGCUUCCCUUCUUUCCUUCAUUAUUGCUCCAAAUGUUGUGCUAAUUUGCUCCCUUUUUAUUUGGUUCGCAUCUCUAUAGGGAUAAUGUUUUAAUGCAUGUAAAGUAAUAUUAUUGGUUUCUAAUGUUCAUUCAUAAUGAAGUUGCGAUUGUGUUUGACCCUUUAA